UCCGGCCGGAAGUGAAGUCCGAGACCCGUGGCUGCGCGGCUUCGGCUGGGAGCGCGGGCUGCGGGGAGGCGGGCCGGGCGAGGCGGCACUGGCGACGGGGAUUUGGCGGCUCAGCCCUCGCGUCGGAGCAGACCUCUGCGGUGCUCGCCCUUAGUGCGGCUCCAGCGCCCAAGCCAUCCCGGGCCGGCGUGCGCUCGCCGUCCAGGCCCAGGCCGCCGCCGCGGCGCGCUCCGGGAGUCAUGAAUCCUGUGUACAGCCCUGGCUCCUCCGGGCUCCCCUAUGCCAGCGCUAAAGGAGUCGGCUACCCAGCCGGCUUCCCCAUGGGCUACGCAGCGGCGGCUCCUGCCUACUCCCCCAGCGUGUACCCCGGGGCGAGCCCGGCCUUCCAGACAGGCUACGCCCCUGGCACGCCGUACAAAGUGUCCUGCUCCCCCACCAGCGGGGCGGUGCCGCCCUACUCCUCCUCCCCCGCCCCCUACCAGACGGCGGUGUACCCCGUGCGGAGCGCCUACCCCCAGCAGAGCCCCUACGCACAGCAGGGCGCCUUCUACACCCAGCCCCUGUACGCGGCGCCCCCGCACGUCAUCCACCACACCACUGUGGUGCAGCCCAACGGCAUGCCGGCGACCGUGUACCCUGCGCCCAUCCCUCCUCCGCGAGGCAGCGGGGUCGCCAUGGGCAUGGUGGCCGGGACCACGAUGGCCAUGUCAGCAGGUACCCUGCUAACGGCCCACUCUCCGACUCCCGUCGCCCCUCACCCAGUCACCGUGCCCACGUACCGGGGUCCAGGAACGCCCACCUACAGCUACGUGCCCCCGCAGUGGUGAUCGCCGCGCAUGUGCAGGACGGAGCUGGGCGCCGCGUCUUGGAUGCCCCGCCACCGGUGCUGCAGGCCUCACGCCUCCACCAGGACUCGCUCCUUCUGCUCUCGACAGAUGCUCGCUGGACGCAUCCGGCCGGCCCCGCGGCCUCAGCCCCUCGGCUCCAGCUGACUGUGGGCGGGCCCUGGAGCAGACCCUGUCUGAGGCUGCCUGGUGACUUUUUUAGCUAACUGUAACGAUACAAAGGGGGUGUUAACGUAUUCUGAAACCAUAUCUAGUUGAAUGCAUGUUUAAAAACACAAAGCUUGCUCAAACUACCUGCUGUGACUGGCGCAGAGCCCGAGGACCGGGGGCCGCACUGCACUCGUCCCUGACGCGUGUUGUGUGUGCGACCUCAUGGUCAGGAGUGUCGCAGCGCGUGUCUUCACGGGGCAUCUGGCAUCUCCUAGGUGACGCUUCAGCCUUUGGGGGCCAUGUGGUUGCUGGUUGGGAACACGACGUCGGAGUCUUGGCCACCUGUGUCUUUCCCACUGGCUGCCCGGGCUCAGCCGCUGGGUCGGGGCACGGAGGGCAGGGGCGGCCAGGUCCGGGGGCUCCCCGCCUUCCCGCUGAGGCCCGCGGGGCUGGUGCGAUGUGGACGUUCUUAGCACACGAGCACGAACGGCUGGCUUGUGUGGCCGGGACACGCAGGGGCCAGCGGCAGUGUGCCCGCCCGCGGAGCGGCGGCGUCUGGGCUGCUGUGCGCGUUCCCGCUGCGGGUCCUGCCGACGCCGGCGCGGCCGUGCGUGUCCCCGAGGGGCAGGCCUGUGCGGGGUUACGUAACUCUCCUGGGCGGAGAGGCGGGUGAAAGAAACAGGCGUGCUUGGAGGGGGUGGUGUUCUCUUCUUGAUUUGGCUUAGAAAUUGUCUGUCUCCUCUCCACCGAGAGCCCCCCCCCCGCCCCCAAAACCCUGUGGGCGUGGCUCCCCGUGGGCGUGGCUGUUCUCCCCCCACGUGGACUGCCGAGCCCUCGGGAAGCGGAGCAGACCUUGAUGUGAGGCGCAUCGCCUGCUGUCGCAAACCGGGCGGUUGCCGUGUGUGGGCCGUGCCCCUGGUGGGGGCUCACCCUCGGAGACCCUCUGUGGCGGGCGUGGGAGGCGCAGGGACAGAGGCCUGCGGUCUGCGGCCUCCUGCCGUUUCCCCAGCCACCGAGGGUGCUCGGCACCCAGCAGGGGAGGGCGUGGGCCGGGCAGCGCCGGGCGCUUCUGCCUGCCUGCAGGGUCCCUUAGGGAGAGGGUUUCGUGGUUCGCACAUGAAUGUUGUACAUAAGAAACCAAGGUUUUUUUGUUUUGUUUUGUUUUUGCCUAAAUGGGCUCACCUUGUUUUGAUGGGAGUGAGUCUGUUCUCCGAGAAUGUCAGAGGGAGUGCCAGGAAGGUGGGGGUGCCCCUGGUGUCCCCCUCUUUGUUCCAAGCGCUGGGUGCUCUGGCUGGGGGGGCCUUCUUUCCUGGCGUCUCGGCCAGUGGGCCAGGGCUCGGGCUCUGGGUUUGAGUUCAGACUGGGAGGGGGACCCCUCCCCCCUGAGCCGUGGGUAAACUUAUUUUUUAUAGCAACUAUUCUUUAUAAUGUUUUCUCACCUUUUAUUUUAUACGAAGUUUAGGGAUAUUUUUGCAUGAAUCAUCGUAAAGAAAAAUUCCUUAUUUCUGAUGUCUGUUAACAUAGUGUGUUUACUGAUAAGUACUUUAAAUUGCUUCAUGAGCACUUCACCCGUGUGCAUGUGCACGCACACGCGUGUGCACUUCUGACCUCUGUGUUGUGAUCCGUCUGUGGGUGGGUGGUCUGUCAGUAGGUGCCGAGGGCCCCAGGGGCCGAGCUGACCAAGUAAGUGGUGGAGAACUCGGUCUCUUGGGUCUCGUGCAGCAGAGAGGAGAAGCUUUGGAGAUGCUCCUGACAGCCCCGGACAGCAGGGCCUCCCCGGUCUGGGGGGGGGGCUCAGGCUGCACCGAGCCCCCCGUGCCGAGGGACACACCUUUCGGGUGGGAGUGGCAGGGUCUCCGCGCUCGGGCAGGACGGGAAAGGGGUCUCGGCCCACAGGUGCGGUCUGGAGGGGGGGCCGGCAGGUGCCCGGGGGUGGCUGGCAGCGUCUUGGGCUCCUGGUGGUGACGUGAACUCAGAGCAGAAGUCCUGUUAACAGGCUGGCUGGGCUGGGGUCCAAGCAUAGUCGUGGAGCAUGGAGAGAAGUUCUGUCUUCCGGUUUUUUCCGUACAUGACAUUCCUCAUGCGAGAGUCUUGCGGGCGAAGGGCGUGCUCCCGGUGGCGGGUGCUCGGUGUCUCGGUGCUCUGCGCCUGCUCAUGGCCUCUUCCCCGCGGUGUCUCUGCCGGCCUCGCAGGAGGCUCUGGGUGGGGCCCUUGAGUUGGCCGCCUGAAGACACAGUGGGGGGGGGGUGCCUGCCCUUUGGAAAAGUGCCACCUGGACCAGUUAGGCCACCUCCCCCGACCCGGCCUCGGGCGCCCCAGUCAUUGCGGCCAGAGCAUUGCCCAGACGGGACGGGACCCUGUCGGACACCUUUGGGGGCAGGGCCUGUGGUGGGGGCAACUUCCGCCGCUUCUCCGGUGCUCUCCGAGGUGAGGGUGUCUGCAGAGCAGAGUGCAGUGGGCUCCUGGUCACCUCUCACAUGUGCAUGUGCUCACACCCCUGUCCCUGGGCUUCCUGCAGGGGCUGCCCGCCCGGGGGGUGGUGGCCUACAGGCCACACACUCCAGAGGGCCUGCCUGGUCCUUCAGGUAGAAAGUGGCCAAAGGGAUCUUCCACGGGUCAGAGGACCGGCCCUUCUCCACCCUCUUGGUUUGAAGAACGAGAAGCCCGUGGCGUCCCUUCCCAGGGCCCCCGGGACUGCAGUCAGCUCGCUGGGGACGGGGUCGGAGCAGAGAGGGACAGGGCCCCCGGGGAGCUGGAGCCGUGGGCGGGUGUCCUGCAGGUGUCCUGCAGGGCGUGCGCGUCGGAGGUGAGGGGCAGCUCCGGCCAGCGCCCGGCAGGGCUGCUCUGACAACCCCCUGGAGGACAGACUGGCUGGGAAGUGGUUUAUUUAAAAAAAAUUUUAAAUGAUUUUUAAAUACUGUUUUUUAGAUUGUUCUCUUAGUACAUUUUUAAGCUUAAGCCGGCAUCGUCUUCCAGUGUUAACGCACCCUCACCCCGCGCGGAGCGUGGGCGGCCGCCAGCGCCAGCCCUGCCGUGUGUGGACUCACGCUGUUCCGUGGUGUGUGCAGCCUACGCGUAGGUGAGCUCCGGCGUGGAGCUGUUGAAAGCACGUUUACUGUACGAGAGCUAUGUACUAACACUGCGGUUUCCAAUAAAGAUUGACUUGUGUCGCG